UUGAAUUCUGUCUUGAUGCAACACACUUCUCAGUCUUUACGACCGGAAACUUUGAAAGAGGCUACUUCAAAUAUGGACCGUUUAACGCAGUUACAGGACGCCUUAGACCAGAUGGCGAGACUAUUCUCCAUAAGCGUCAAUUAUCUUAGCCAACCACAUGUUCAGGAUCCAGCAGAAUUCAAGAAGGUACAGCAUGAAUUAGUGACCGAUAUAUGUAGAAAAGCGAAACAAGUUGAAAUAUUGAUUGACAAUUUGCCUGGGGCUACACGUACGGAGGAAGAACAGCUUGAAUUUAUUGGCCAAUUGGAGAAGGAAUUGCAAGAAGCCAAUGAAAACUAUCGAAAAGCAGCGCAGACGGCUG